CGCCUCGAGGCACUUCAUGGAUUUCCACGAUGUCGAGGAAGAAGAACGUUAUGGCGCAAAACUCAAUGAAAUAGGAGAUGAGGCGGUCUGGUCGGUAUCUUCGUGCAAAGUUGGAUUUGGAGUCCAGCAGCUACGAGAUGGUAACCUAGACAGCUACUGGCAAUCUGAUGGCACGCAGCCGCAUCUCAUAGACAUUCAGUUCCCGCGCAAAACUGCCAUUCAGGAGUUAGGCGUUUAUACUGACUUUCGUAUUGAUGAGAGUUAUACUCCGAGUAAGAUAUCCGUCCGGGCUGGAUCACACUACCAUGAUCUUGAGGAAGUGACUGUUGUCACACUCACCGAACCUGUAGGAUGGACAACAAUUUUGUUGACAAAUAAGCAUAACCAGCUGUGUCGUGCAUUUCAUGUCCAGGUUGCUAUAUUGGCAAACCACCAGAACGGCAGGGACACUCAUUUGAGACAGAUUAGAGUAUACACCUCUCCCAAUGAUCUCUCAUUAGAAGGUUUUCCACCAUUCACAAGUCAAGAAUUCAAAAUGUGGAGCUCAGUCCGGUAACCCCAUUGAACAAACGUUACCAUCAAACAUUCAAUAAUCUGCUUACCAAAUGUUGAUAAAACUUUAUUUUGUGUCUAUACUUUGAGGUCAUAUGCAA